UGAGCAGCUAGCUACCUCAUUUUGGAGGAGACAAAAAGGAGAAGCCUUUUUUAGGAUACAUUGCAUACUUCAACAGUUCAACUUGUGCUGUCUCCUCCUCCUCUUCUUCUUCUUCUUGCCUAUGGUGAAUGAAAAGCUUUCAACUUUUGUCAAAUAAUUCUCCUCAGAUUCUUCUUCUUCUUCUUCUUCUCUCUUUCUCUCUAUAAUCUUUUUAGUCUUACUCCAAGAUAUGAGCAAGAAGACUAGAUGAGUUCAAGCAAAAGCAGCUAUCAAGCGAAGCAAGAAGACGACGGCGGUGGCGGCACUAGCUCUUCAAGACAGUGGACAGCGUUCAGGAAUCCAAGAAUCGUUCGAGUUUCGCGGUCUUUGGGAGGGAAAGACAGGCACAGCAAGGUUUGCACCAUUAGAGGUCUAAGGGACCGGAGAAUUCGGCUCUCCGUUCCUACCGCCAUUCAGUUGUAUGAUCUCCAAGACCGACUCGGCCUGGGUCAACCCAGCAAGGUCAUUGAUUGGUUGCUUCAAGCCACCAAACUCGACAUUGAUAAGCUACCGCCCCUUCAAAUCCCUCCCGGUUUCGCUCAAUUUCACCAUCAGCAAACCCUAAUUCCCCUUUCUCAUCAUCAUCAAUUCUCCCUUGGCGGCUUCUAUGAUGCCAAUUCCUCGAGGUUUUGGGAUAUGGAUUCUUCUUCAAUUAGCCUAAAAGGUAAAGAAUCUGAUACUAUUACUCAUCCAGCUGGUGUGAUAUCUGAGAAAGGAAAAUGGAUCAAAACAAAUCAACAUGUUGAUGAAAAUCAAGACGGAUUGUUGUUGCUUAACAAUGCUAUGGGAUAUAAUAAUUCUCCUUCAGGAUUAACUUUAUCAUCAUCCUCCUCAUCUUCACAAUUUGGAAGCCAUGCAUUAUUGUUUCCUUCACAACAAUUAUUAGAUCCUCAAUUUUCAUCUUCUUCUGCAACAACACCAUCAACUUUCACUCCCUAUUAUGCUCCAUUUGUAGCUAAUUCGUCAUCAUCAACAACAACAACAACAAUGGUGGAAAAUAAUAGUGAUGCAUUAAGGCAAUUCAACCAUAUUCAGAUCUUGAGUUCUCAAGUGAUGCCUCAUCCCUUUAUUCCAUCAUCUUCUCUUUUUCACUCAAUCAAUAGUAAUAAUAAUAAUGAUAAUAACUCAGCUGCUGCUACUAUCAGGCGUAUUCCAAUGCCAUUUAGUUCUAAGCUUCUUGAUUCAGAUAACAACAACAAUGAAAGUAACCAGGAAGAUCAUAAAGGUACGUAGUAGCACUAGUUCAUGAAGCUAAGAUAGAUGAAGAGUAACCAACAAGAUCAUAAAGGUAUAUAGCAGCAUCUAGUUCAUGAAGUUAAAGAUCAUCAUAACCUAUAUUUAUCAAUGUUUUUCACACAA